AUGCCCUCUCUCACGCACACCCUCACGCACACCCUCACGUGCUCUCUCACGCGCUCUCUCACGCGCACUCUCACGCGCACUCUCACGCGCACUCUCACGCGCACUCUCACGCGCUCUCUCACGCGCUCUCUCACGCGCUCUCUCACGCGCUCUCUCACGCGCUCUCUCACGCGCUCUCUCACGCGCUCUCUCACGCGCUCUCUCGCGCACUCUCUCACGCGCUCGCUAACGCACACUCUCACGCGCUCUCUCACGCGCACUCUCACGCAAACUCUCACAUGCACUCUCUCGCGAACUCUCACGCGCACUCUCACGCACACACUCACGCGCACACUCGCGCUCUCUCACGCGCUCUCUCGCGCACUCUCUCAUACGCACCCUCACGCGCUCUCUCACGGGCUCGUACACGCCCUCUCUCACGCGCUCUCUCACGCGCUCUCUCACGCGCUCUCUCACGCGCUCUCUCACGCGCUCUCUCACGCGCUCCCUCACGCGCUCUCUCACUCACACUCUCAGGACACUCUCACGUGCUCGCUCUCGCGCACUCUCACGCGCAUUCUCUCUCUCACGCGCUCUCUCACACACACUCUCAGGACACUCUCACGCGCUCGCUCUCGCGCACUCUCACGCGCAUUCUCCCUCUCACGCGCUCUCUCACGCGCUCUCUCACGCACACCCUCACGCAUACCCUCACGCGCUCUCUCACGCGCUCCCUCACGCGCUCUCUCACGCGCUCGCUCACGUGCUCCCUCACGCACUCCCUCACGCACGCGCUCCCUCAGCCCGCUAGGCGCCAGCGCGCUAGGCGCCAGCGCGCUAGGCGCCAGCGCGCUAGGCGCCAGCGCGCUAGGCGCCAGCGCGCUAGGCGCCAGCGCGCUAGGCGCCAGCGCGCUAGGCGCCAGCGCGCUAGGCGCCAGCGCGCUAGGCGCCAGCGCGCUAGGCGCCAGCGCGCUAGGCGCCAGCGCGCUAGGCGCCAGCGCGCUAGGCGCCAGCGCGCUAGGUGCCAGCGCGUUAGACGCCAGCCCGUUAGGCGCCAGCGCGCUAGGCGCCAGCGCGCUAGGCGCCAGCGCGCUAGGCGCCAGCGAGUUAGACGCCAGCGCGCUAGACGCCAGCGCGUUAGGCGCUAGCGCGAUAGGCGCCAGCGCGUUAGGCGACCAAAGAGGAGAGCAAUGGGAGUGUAAUGCUAAGAAAAUUCAGCAUAGAAAACUUACGAAGAAAGUAGAAAACCUAUUAAAAUUCGGCGGGAGGAGGGAGGUAAAAAGGUCCUAG